AUGCAUGUUCGCUCCAUCUUGAAAGAACUGUACUGCUUUGAAGGUGUGAUUGGAAUCUGGGUGGGGGACUGUGCCAAUGUCCGGCCCGUCCCCAGCGACGGGCCGAAAAUCAUCCAGGCGCCUAAGGCGCCCAGUAGCCGUACAGGGCAGGAGAGGCCCACAGCCACCACCCCCAGGAUAGCAACGCAUCCAUCCCGCAGGGGGCCAGUCGGAGGAAUGCGGGGGGAAAGCCCCCCCACCCAAGGUCGACCCGAGGGGGCCGACGGCGACAAGACCACGGACAGAGGCCGAAACCACCCCACACCCAGGCAGGCCGCAGAGGCCCAGGGUCCCCGCACCCAGAGCCCGCCAGCGCCCAAGGGCAGGGCCAGCCCACCACCGGUGGGAGAAGCGCCCCCCCAGACCGCCCACCAGGGAGGCACGGCCAGAUACCCACCACUGCCACCCCCACCGCCCCCCAGAAGCCGACUGCACGCCCCCCAGCCCAGGGAGGGACAGGCGGAGGCCCACGUAGGGCCACCAGCCAAGGGGGCCCCCAGAGACGGAAGAGAGGCAGACUCCCGAGCCGGUCCAGACCCCCCAGGUAGAGGCAGGGCCAGUGGUCCAAGGACCCGCCGUGCCCAACCCCGCGGUGCCCUGGAGAGGGGUCCCCCAACAUCCAGGAGCAUCUGCGCCCGCCGACGACCCCCGCCGGGUAGGCAGACUGCCUCCCACCACAGCACCUUCAGGGAGGUGCGUCAUGAUGAGCCACAACCAUGCCUCCCGGACACCCCCCAGACGGAGCGCAGGGGAUCCGAUCCCCCACGUCCAGCGACGCCUCAUGGCCACCACUGCUGCCCUCACCCAGACCGCCAGUCCCAACACGGCCAGGGGGUGAGCAGGAAUCGAGCGCUCAGGAGUGCACCCACGACCACCCCCCCCACCCCAGCCCACCGGGCCAUAUGCCCCAUUCCCACCCACCCCCGGCCAAGAAGGGAGCAACCCGUCCAGGCCAGGGACACGCCAUGGCAUCCCAUGAGUGCCGCCGGGGCGGAGGACCAGAUACCCCCACACCCGACCAGAAGGCUGUUCUGCAGGGUGGAGGGUCAUACGUCAGCAGAGUCUGAGCCAGAGUGUGAGCUUCUGUCACCCUAG